AAAUCUAGUGACUGACAAAUUCAUAUAAACUGAAUUAGUCUAUAUAUGCUAUCAGGUCUCAAGUUCUGUUUUAACUCGACACUGACGAAUCAUGGCGAAUGUGGCGAUUCUUGAGCUCAAUGGAAACUGUGGUAAUACAGUGGAAGAGAUAGUGAAAAUGGAGAGAGAGAUCUUUCCCGAGCACGAAUCACUGACUUCAUUCUUUCACGAUGAACUUAGAAAGAAGAACAGUGGAUUGCUUUAUCUUCACGUGGAUGGCGAACUUGUAGGCUAUGUCAUGUAUUCUUGGCCUUCUUCCUCGUAUGCCACUAUCACCGAGCUCGCAGUUAAGGAGCAAUGGAGGGGACAAGGCCACGGAGAGGCUUUGUUGAAAGCAGCAAUUCAGAAAUGCAGUACAAGUAAAGUUUUGCGCAUAAUGCUUCAUGUGGAUCCCUUGAGGACUCCUGCAGUGAACCUUUACAAGAAACAUGGUUUCCAAGUUGACACAUUGGUUGAAGGGUACUACUCCUCAGAUAGAAAUGCUUAUAGAAUGUACUUGGACUUCGAUUCAAGUUGAAGGAGAAAAUGAAUAACAUUUGACACAUGAUCUGUGGUUAAUUUAAAGAAUGUAAAUGACUCAAACUAUUCAUAAAUUAUUCAAAUUUCAUUUAUUAAAUGUUU